UAAUUUGAUUAAAACUGUGUGUAACAUACUAAAUGAAGGAUAUUAGUUACAACUUAAAUGUCACCGUAAGACUUGUGAUGGUAACAUUAAAAAAUGGAUUCUUUUUUUUUUUCUUAUCAAAGCUUUUUGCUAUCAAUUGUUCGACAACGAAUCCCAUAAAUCCAGUACUUUAUGGUACACCAGUAAAUAAUGGAAUGUUGAACUCAUGGACAGACCAACAACCAGUAAAUCUAGGAACGACAAAUAAAUAUAAUGCAUAUAGCUCUAAUUCUCAAGGAUUACAACCAAACAUAAUAGAUCCUAAUCAUCAUCAAAAAAUUAAUUAUGGACAGCAAUUAACAACUCCAAAAGAGCCACAAUCAUACAAUUUUCAAGAACAACAAAAUUUGCAAAACCCUUUUCAGAUAGAUGAAAAGAAUUUGGUAAUGAAAGACCAUUUGAAAAAACAACAGCCGUCACAGUCAAAUUUAAACAGUGUACAAUAUCAAUCAACAAAUACACAAUACCCAAAUCACAACUAUAUAAACACAAAUUACAACCAACCAAAUUAUCAGAAAAGUCAAUCGACAUUUCCAUUAACUAAAAAGCAACCAACAGAAUCACAGACACAACAUGUUAAACCUCAGUCAUAUCAAUUUAGUACACCACCAAAAAAUGAGAAAGAAAUACCGCAGUCGGUCUCGAUGACUAUUUCUUCUUUAUCAAAUGAAUAUCAGAAUCAAUUUUCUUUAAAAGCAAAUCAACAGCAACCACAACUAUCAAAAUUAUCUCAUCCAUCGCAAUUUAAAACUUCCGAGGUGAAAUAUGAACCUUAUUCACAAUAUCCGCAAGAUAAUCCCUCUUCAGACCAAUUUAAAUCACCGUCCCUUCCAAUUUCUUCUUCAUCAAAACCGUUUACAGAAAAAGAAAAACCUGAGAUACAAAAUACACCACAGUCACUACAACCACCAAAAUCAUCUCUUCCGUCACAAUUAAAACCUGAACCUUAUUCUCAAUAUCCGCAAAAUAAUUCCUCAUUAGAUCAAUUUAAAUCACCGUCACUUUCAAUUUCUUCUUCGUCAAAACCCUUUACAGAAGAAAAAAAACCUGACAAAAUUUCUGAUUUACAAUUGGAACCUAAAACGCCAUCACAAACAAAUACACAGGCUUCUAAAGAAAAUGUAAUUCUUAAUUCUCAAUCAAAUUUACCAGAUAAAUUUAAUGCAAAUUAUGAUACACUAUGGUCACAAAAUAAAUUGAAAGAUUUUAAUGAUAAAAUAUCUGAUUUAGAAUCAAAAUUGAAAAAUGAAGUGUUACAAAUUCCGAUUAAACCAUCUGAAACCUCCACUAAUGCAAAUUAUAUUGAUAAUGCAAUACAUUCAUCAGACAUUAUUAAAUCUGAAAAACCUGAAGUUUUGAUUAGCCUUGCUAUGUUUGAUAAACCAAACAAUAUAGAUAUCGAAAACCCAAAAAAUACCGAAAAGGAGAAUGUAAAAUUUCGUGUAUUUGCUGAUCCUAAUGACAUCUAUAUUCUUAAUUCUACACAGUCUCCAUCAAGUAUCACUGACAAAGGUAAUUUAAAUAAUAAUAAUUUAUUAAAAACUCAACCAAUACAUAAUCAAAUGCCAAUGGAUAUGCCAAAUAAUAAUUACGAUAGUAUACUUAAUACAUACUAUAAAAAUGAUCCAUAUCACACAUUUUCAAAUAGACCCCAAGAUAUAUCAAAAAAUACUAAUCAACCAAGUUCUAAGGAGAACAGUGGACACAUAUAUAAGCAAGUCGAUCUAAUAAAUCCUUCAUCAAGUGUUAACUCGUGGUCGUUAAAGAAAAAUGAUUAUUCAUUAAAUAAACGACCUAAUCAAAAUAACGGUUAUUCAAAAAAUAAUGAUAUCUCACAAACGAGUGUAUUUAAAACACCAUCAGCUUAUAACCAAAAUAAUAACCAGUACAUUUCAAGUUCAUCUUUAGAUUAUAUUUCUGUACAAAAUAUAAUUUCUAUAAUUUCAAAAGCAGUCGAGGCCCCGCUAGAUGGAACAAAGGCUAUAUUUGGCUUGACACAGGCAAGUUUUCCAAACGCUAAAGUUAUUCAACAACUCAAUUUAACAUAUUCUGUCGUACAAUCAAUUAUCCUUAGUCUUCGAAAGAUUUUGAACACAGUUGUAAACCAUAUAUUUCACCAGCGAGUAAAACGAGACUACAGUAUGUUAAGCCCGAUGUCAAAUAUACUUCCAAAAACUACUUCCGAACCUGUCCUUAACUUACCAACGAUUGCCAGUCUAAAAAAAAAAAAAUACCAAUCCACUUCUGAUCCGAAUACGGACUCGUAUAAUAAUCAACCUAAGACUGCUUCAUCUACGAUGAUUAUGAAUACGUAUCGCCAACCAACCGCUAAGACCGGAAUUUAUUUGGAUAAACCUUACUCGCAGCAAUUGCUUUCUUCGAUAUCUAAUGUGGACACAAAAAAACAUCAAAAACAUAUGUAUAAUAGUGAAAUCAACGGAGCCAACAUCGAUUACAAUGAAUAUGAAUCAUGGGACAGUAUUAGAACUGCGCAACAAGCACCGAAUACACGAGGAUACGUUUCAGAUAUGCUGACCAACGAGAUUAGAACUCAAGUAUAUACUAACUUGCCAGAUUCGUACUCGAGCAACAGUCCAGAAGUAGAAGAAUAUUGCCGACAAGUGAUGUUUGCCGUAGAGAUAUUUUUUCGAAAUCAGAUUAAUAAUGUACUUCAGGGAUAUUCACCGAACAUGAAUACGAUUUAAAUUUGUUAAGGAAAAUAUAACAAACUAAAUCUUUUA